GAGCCAUAUUUAAAACAUUCCGUAUUUGACUUGGUUCUUCAUGUUCUCUCUCCUCCCUCCGUCCCCUUCUCUCUCUCUGCCUGGUUAGUUGUUGCACGCAAUUUCAUCGACUUUCUCAUUGGAUCUCAAACUCGUAGAAUUGUCUUCAAAUUUUUUCGGAUCAGAUUUCAAUUAAUCAGAACUUCUUUUAAAUUCUUUAAAUUACUUUUACAAUUGUUUUUGAAAAAAUGGCAUCGGAAAGGUUAAUCGGCGGCGGCGAAGGCCCGUCAUACUUGCAAAUGGACUCGGAAGAGCCGCCGUCUCCGGCGCCAGGGAGGACGUCGUCAUCGUUCUUUGCAUUCAAUCAAAGCGAGGCGACUGAGUCAACUCGGAUAUUUGAGGAGUUGCCCAGAGGCAGUAUAGUUCAUGUCUCUAGACCUGAUGCUGCUGAUAUUAGUCCGAUGUUGUUGUCUUACACUAUUGAAUUGCAAUACAAACAAUUCAAAUGGCAAUUGCAUAAGAAGGCUGCACAAGUGUUGUAUUUACACUUUGCAUUGAAAAAACGUGUGAUAAUUGAGGAAAUUCACGAGAAGCAGGAACAGGUGUGUGUAAAUAUUUGGUUUUUUUAUCCUCCAGAAUAUCUUUCAUUGUAUACACUGUUGAAUUGGGGUUUGAUUUGGUGUAUGUGGAUAUCAAAUAAGGUCAAAGAAUGGCUGCAAAACCUUGGAAUAGGAGAUCAUGCACCAAUUUUGCAAGAAGAUGAUGAUGCUGAAGAUGAAACUGUUCCUAUGCAUUUUGAUGAAAGUGCCAAGAAUAGAGAUGUUCCAUCAAGUGCUGCACUUCCACUUAUCCGUCCAGCACUAGGUCGGCAACAUUCUAUUUCAGAUAGAGCAAAGGUGGCCAUGCAAGGGUAUCUGAAUCACUUCUUAGGGAACCUGGAUAUUGUAAACUCUAGAGAGGUCUGUAGGUUUUUGGAGGUCUCAAGAUUAUCAUUUUCGCCUGAGUAUGGUCCCAAGCUAAAAGAAGAUUAUGUUAUGGUGAAACAUCUUCCUCAAAUUCCCAAAGAGGAUGAUCACAGGACAUGUUGUACAUGCAAUAUGUUUAGUUGGUGCAAUGACAAUUGGCAAAAGGUCUGGGCUGUUUUAAAACCUGGGUUUUUGGCCUUAUUGGAAGAUCCUUUUGAUACAAAUCUUUUGGAUAUUAUUGUGUUUGAUAUGCUGCCAGCAUCGGAUGGUAACGAGGAAGGGAGAGUUCUAUUAGCGGAAGAAAUUAAAGAUCACAAUCCACUACGCCAUGCAUUCAAGGUCACUUGUGGCACUCGUUGCAUAAGUUUGAGAACUAAGAAUACUUCCAAAGCUAAGAGCUGGGUUUCUGCUAUAAAUGAUGCUGGGUUAAAGCCACCUGAAGGUUGGUGUCAUCCACACCGCUUUGACUCUUUUGCUCCUCCGAGGGGAUUAACUGAUGAUGGUAGCAAGGCUCAAUGGUUUGUUGAUGGUCAAGCAGCUUUUGAAGCCAUUUCCUUGGCUAUUGAAAAUGCAAAAUCAGAGAUAUUUAUUUGUGGUUGGUGGGUUUGCCCAGAGUUAUAUCUCAAACGCCCUUUUAAGGACUAUGCUUCAUCACGUCUUGAUGCUCUACUUGAAGCAAAAGCCAAGGAGGGGGUGCAGAUCUAUAUAUUACUGUAUAAGGAGGUUGCUCUAGCAUUGAAAAUCAACAGUGUCUACAGCAAAAGAAAGCUCCUUAGCAUCCAUGAAAAUGUUAAAGUACUACGAUUUCCUGAUCACUUUUCAACCGGUGUUUACCUAUGGUCUCAUCAUGAAAAGAUUGUGAUUGUUGACUACCAAAUUUGCUUUAUUGGUGGAUUGGAUUUGUGCUUUGGUCGCUAUGACACAUUUGAGCACAAAGUGAACGACUACCCUUCAGCUGUAUGGCCUGGAAAGGACUACUACAACCCAAGGGAAUCUGAACCAAACUCUUGGGAAGAUACCAUGAAAGAUCAGUUAGAUCGCACAAAGUAUCCUCGUAUGCCAUGGCAUGAUGUUCAUUGUGCCCUUUUUGGGCCACCUUGCAGGGAUGUGGCCAGGCAUUUUGUUCAGCGUUGGAAUUAUGCGAAGAGGAAUAAAGCUCCAAAUGAGCAAACAAUUCCACUGCUCAUGCCUCAACAACACAUGGUUAUCCCACAUUAUAUGGGGAGCAAUUGGGAAAUAGAAGAAAAAGACGUGGAUGUAGCUGAGAAUCAUUGUUUGAAAAGACAAGAUUCAUUUUCCUCUCGAGCAUCUUCUCCCGACUUACCAUUGCUUUUGCCUCAAGAGACUGGAGAGGACGGCGAUUCAAAGUUGAAAGGAAUGCAUGUGAGCCAUGACCAUCAGAUGAAGAUUAUCAGAAAUGUUCCAUUCCCUUUCCGGAAGGCAAAAAUUGAACCUUUUGUUUCAGACAUGCCAAUGAAGGCCUUUGUUGGUGAUUUUAAUAAAGUGGAUGGGGUUGGACGUGUUGGCAUGAAAUCAUUAGAUAAUGAGUGGUGGGAGACCCAAGAACGUGGCAGCCUGGUUGUUCCUUCCAAUGAAUCUGGGCAAGUUGGACCAUGUGUCUCAUGCCGUUGCCAGGUUAUUAGGAGUGUCAGUCAAUGGUCUGCUGGAACUAGCCAAACAGAACAAAGCAUCCACAAGGCUUAUUGCUCACUAAUUGAAAAGGCAGAGCAUUUCAUCUACAUCGAGAACCAGUUCUUCAUAUCGGGUCUUUCAGGAGAUGAGAUAAUACACAAUCGGGUAUUGGAUGCAUUGUACAGGAGAAUUUUGAGAGCUUUCCACGACAAAAAAUGUUUCCGGGUUAUCGUUGUCUUGCCUCUUUUACCAGGGUUUCAGGGGGGUGUAGAUGACGCUGGUGCAGCAUCUGUUCGUGCGAUAAUGCACUGGCAGUAUCGAACAAUAUCGCGAGGGAUGAAUUCAAUAUUACUCAAUCUUUAUAAUAUAAUGGGACCUAAAUCACACGACUACAUCUCUUUCUAUGGUCUUAGAGCUCACGGUGAACUAUUCGAUGAAGGUCCAGUAGUUACCAGCCAGAUCUAUGUGCAUAGUAAAAUCAUGAUAAUUGAUGACUGUAUGGCCUUAGUUGGAUCAGCAAAUAUCAACGAUAGGAGCUUGUUAGGUUCGAGAGACUCCGAGAUUGGAGUGCUAAUUGAGGACAAGGAAGUAAUAACUUCAAGUAUGGGAGGAAAACCAUGGAAGGCUGGAAAAUUCACUAUAAGUCUCCGUCUUUCUUUGUGGGCUGAACACCUUGGUCUUCGACCUGGAGAGAUCCCUCAAAUUUAUGACCCUGUGGUUGAUGCAACCUACAAAGACAUAUGGAUGGCUACUGCAAAGACAAAUACAAUGAUCUACCAAGAUGUCUUUGCCUGUAUUCCUAAUGAUCUCAUACAUUCCAGAGCUUCACUUAGACAGAAUGUUGCUCAUUGGAAAGACCGGCUUGGGCAUACUACCAUCGAUCUCGGGGUGGCUCCUAAGAAGUUAGAAUGCUAUCAAAAUGGGACCCUCAAAGACACUGACCCUGUUGAAAGGCUAGAAUCAAUCAAAGGGCAUCUUGUGUCCUUCCCAGUUGACUUUAUGUCACAAGAAGAUUUGAGACCUGUGUUUAAUGAAAGCGAAUACUAUGCAUCACCCCAAGUUUUUCAUUAACAUGACUGGAAGUUGCAAAAAUAGACCAGUAUAUAUAUAUAUAUAUAUAUAUAUAUAUAUAUAUAUAUAUAUAUAUAUGGUUUAGCGUAAUUAUUAGUUUUUCGAUUCGAUAUAGAGCAACUUGUCUAUCAAAAGACAGGCUAGUCGAAGGUGGUAAAUUUUUGUAAAUGCAUAGCAAGAAAGGUGGAAUAUAGGGGAAGGAUUUGUAUUUUUGCUAAUUUCCUUUCCAAAGGCAGUUGUGUUCCAAUGAUCAAUGCCCACUUCCAGGAUGAGGGUGAGAAUUUUUGCAGCUGAUGGGAGAGUGAAUUUCGAGCUGGAUCAUACAGUUAAUGUAUAGUUGAUCAUUGUUGUACAAAUCAAUUCAUUACAUGGAUGUGACGUACAGUCUUAUCCACCCAAUUCUUUACAGGAAUCACAGUGCUCUUUGUUUGAUCAAAAUUCUCUGCUUUUUCCUUUGUAUGUUGAAAACAAAACUUUCCCUA